UAUAAUGUUUUAAAGUCCGUAUUUUAUUCGGAUUCUGAAAUCCAAAGGCCCGGAAGCCCGACGUUGAAGAUUGGCAUCCAAUAAAUACGCGAUUCAAGGAACAGUCAUUUCCUUUGUCUUUCUGCGGCCGCCGGAGAAUAUUUCUCCGCCGUGGAUGGGCCAGUUGCCUUCAUCCACUGCCGGAGUCCCCAGCUGCCGUCGAAACGACGUUAUUUAUCAAAGCUGUGGAUCAAUGGCGCAACAAGAUUUGACGGUCUUUCUUUCUCCUUUAAUGAGGAAAAAGAUUGACGAUGGUCUUUGUGUUGCCAACGGUAUAUCGAAUCUUCCAGAUGAUUGUUUGGCUUGCGUUUUUCAGUUCCUUGCACCAGGCGAUCGGAAACGAUCUUCGCUCGUUUGCCGGCGUUGGCUUGAGGUCGAGGGACAGAGCCGUCACCGACUCUCCCUCAAUGCCCAAUCGGACCUCCUAUCUGCGGUGCCAUCGCUUUUUUCUCGGUUUGACGCCGUUACGAAGCUUUCUCUAAAAUGCGACCGUAGAUCGGUGAGCAUCGGCGAUGAUGCUCUCAUUCUAAUCUCUCUUCGUUGCCAAAACCUUACCCGCCUCAAGCUCCGAUCGUGCCGACAGUUAACGGAUUCAGGCAUGGAGAGUUUUGCCAUGAAUUGUAAGAAAUUGAAGAAGCUGUCGGUUGGAUCAUGCACUUUUGGAGCUAAAGGAAUGAACGCUGUAGUCGAUAAUUGCUCGUCCCUGGAAGAUUUAUCGGUGAAGCGGCUACGCGGCAUCGCCGAUGGAGGCUCGACGGAGCCGAUUAGACCUGGUUCUGCGUCAUCGUCUCUUAAGAUGAUUUCUUUGAAGGAUCUCUACAACGGACAAUGUUUUGCUCCGCUGAUAAUCGGAUCUAAAAAUCUUAAAACCCUAAGACUUUUCAGAUGUUCUGGAGAGUGGGAUGGGGUUCUGAAACUUGUUACGAAUAACAUCAAGGGAUUGAGUGAGAUGCAUCUGGAGAGGCUUCAGGUAACCGAUAUUGGUAUUGCAGCCCUUUCCAAUUGUGAAAAUCUAGAAAUCCUUCACCUCAUAAAAACACCUGAAUGUACUAAUUUGGGGCUAUCGUCUAUGGCGGAGAAGUGUAAGCUUCUGAGGAAGCUUCAUAUCGACGGGUGGAAAACAAACAAGAUUGACGAUGAAGGUUUGAUCAGUGUAGCAAAACACUGCACUAACCUUCAAGAGCUGGUUCUUAUCGGUGUGAAUCUCACCCGUGUAAGUAUAUCGAGAUUGGCUUCAAACUGCCAGAAGCUAGAGCGAUUGGCGUUAUGUGGGAGUGAAACCAUAGGUGAUGCAGAGAUUUCUUGCAUCGCUGCUAAAUGCACGGCGUUGAGGAAGCUAUGCAUCAAGAGUUGCCCUGUCUCUGAUCAUGGAAUGGAAGCUUUAGCACUUGGGUGCCCUAAUUUGGUGAAGGUGAAGGUGAAGAAGUGCAAGGGAGUCACCUGUGAUGGUGUAGGCUGGUUGAGAGCUAGUCGGGAAUCAUUAGCUGUGAAUUUGGAUGCUUUGGUGGUUGAAAAUCAAAACCAGAAUGCAACCGUUGAGGUGGUGGUGGAGGAGCAACAACCACCACCAGCAGCUAGUGACAUUGGAGGCCGUGCUAAUGGUGGUUCUAGCAGUAACAGGAGGUCAACAUCAUUGAAGGCAAGGCUGGGGCUUACAUCUGGGAGAAAUUUAGUUUCUUGCACUUUGAGACGGUGGUCAAGCUUUAAUGGCGCUUCGGCUUCACAAAGUCAUUAGGAAAGAGUUGUUGUCAAAAUGAUUGUGUUGCUUUUUAUGUUGGGUAUAAAUAUUUAUGUCAAAAUAUUGUUUUUUCUUUUUAUAUAUGAUGAUGAUGAUGAAAAUAAA